AUGUCCGACGGCGCGUCGGCCGGGGCCCCUCCUCCCGACGAUCAACAACAACCAAAGAAUGAGGGCAGUGCAGCGUUUCUGCGAGCGGCUCGAGCGGGUAAUCUGGAGAAAGUUCUCGAAUUGCUCCGUGCUGGCACAGACAUCGACACAUGCAACGCGAAUGGGCUCAACGCUUUGCAUUUGGCCAGCAAGGAAGGUCAUCAAGAAGUAGUGAGAGAACUGCUGAAGCGUCGUGCCACCGUCGACGCUGCUACUCGGAAAGGCAACACCGCUCUCCACAUCGCUUCAUUAGCCGGUCAAUCACUCAUCGUAACGAUCCUUGUCGAGAAUAGCGCUAAUGUAAAUGUGCAAUCAUUGAAUGGUUUCACUCCACUCUACAUGGCUGCCCAAGAAAAUCAUGAAGAAGUUGUGCGCUAUUUAUUAACGCAUGGAGCGAAUCAAGCACUCUCUACAGAGGACGGUUUCACUCCAUUGGCGGUAGCGCUUCAGCAAGGACACGACAAAGUGGUCGCCAUUUUACUCGAAAACGAGAAAAGUGGAAAGGUUCGUCUUCCCGCCUUGCACAUCGCUGCAAAGAAGAACGACACAAAAGCGGCCACGCUGCUCUUGCAGAACGAGACGAAUGCUGAUGUGACGUCGAAGUCGGGCUUUACCCCACUCCAUAUCGCGGCUCAUUAUGGGAAUGAAGAGGUGGCUCAACUCCUCAUCGAGAGAGGCGCCAAUCCAAACUAUCAAGCAAGACACAACAUCAGUCCCCUCCAUGUGGCCACGAAAUGGGGUCGAGUCAAUAUGGUAAAUUUGUUGCUGAAACAUGGAGCUAUCAUCGACAGCCGUACCCGCGAUCUUCUCACUCCACUCCAUUGUGCUGCUCGUUCAGGUCAUGAUCCUGUUGUCGAUCUCUUGCUUGAAAAGAGUGCCCCAAUCUCGGCUAAGACUAAGAACGGUCUCGCUCCACUCCACAUGGCUGCCCAGGGUGAUCACGUCGACUCAGCACGGAUUCUUCUCUAUCAUCGAGCACCGGUCGAUGAUGUCACCGUUGACUAUUUGACUCCACUUCAUGUGGCUGCUCAUUGUGGACAUGUGAGAGUGGCCAAGCUAUUGCUCGAUCGAAGUGCUGACCCGAAUGCUCGUGCUUUAAACGGAUUCACUCCACUUCACAUCGCGUGCAAGAAAAAUCGAAUCAAGGUCGUGGAACUCCUUCUCCGUUAUCAAGCAUCGAUCGAGGCGCAAACUGAAUCCGGUCUCUCUCCGCUUCAUGUAGCUGCUUUCAUGGGAGCAAUCAACAUUGUCAUCUACUUGCUGCAACAAGGAGCGAACCCCGAUGUUGCGACGGUUCGUGGCGAGACUCCACUCCAUUUAGCUGCUCGAGCCAAUCAAACAGACAUUGUCAGAGUCCUGCUUAGACAUGGAGCCAAGGUCGAUGCUCAGGCUCGAGAACUUCAAACACCGCUUCACAUCGCAUCGCGACUCGGCAACACAGACAUUGUCGUGCUUCUCCUCCAAGCUGGCGCCAAUCCCGAUGCGGCGACUCGAGAUCAAUACACACCGCUUCACAUUGCUGCAAAGGAGGGACAAGAAGAAGUGGCCGCGAUUCUCCUCGAUCACAAUGCGAACUCGAAACUAUUGACGAAGAAGGGGAAAAAUCAAGUGACACCACUCCACGUCGCUGCUCACUACAACAAUGAUAAAGUGGCGUUGUUGCUUUUGGAGAAUGGAGCCUCGGCGACAGCGGCUGCCAAGAAUGGGUACACUCCGCUACAUAUUGCGGCCAAGAAAAAUCAAAUGGAGAUCGCUGGAACACUCUUGCAAUAUAAGGCGGAUCCGAAUGCUGUUUCUCGUGCUGGUUUCACUCCUUUACAUCUCUCAGCUCAAGAAGGAUUCAAAGAUAUGGCUGCAUUGUUGAUCGAGAAUGGAGCACAGGUCGGCGCCAAGGCCAACAACGGACUCACUGCGAUGCACUUAUGUGCUCAAGAAGAUCGGGUACCCGUCGCCGAACAACUCUUCCAGAAUGGAGCUGAUGUGAAUGCUCAGACAAACGCCGGAUACACCCCGUUGCAUGUCGCGUGUCACUUUGGGCAAAUCAAUAUGGUGAAAUGGCUGGUCGAGCACGGAGCGAAAGUUGAUGUAACGACGAGGGCCGGCUAUACUCCACUCCAUCAAGCCGCUCAACAAGGCCACAAUCAUUGUGUUCGAUAUUUGUUAGAUCACGGCGCCUCACCAAAUGCACAAACGGCGAACGGUCAAACUCCACUCUCGAUUGCUCAGCGUCUUGGCUACGUGAGUGUUGUCGAAACACUGAAAACAGUGACUGAGACAACGGUGAUCACUGAAACAACAACAGUAACUGAAGAACGAUACAAGCCACAGAAUCCAGAAGCAAUGAACGAGACAAUGUUCUCAGAAUCGGAAGAAGAAGUUGAUGAUCAUCACGCGGCUCAGCAAGCGCAUGCGAAAGAUUUCUCGGAUCGUUUCGCGGUGGCGCUUGAGGAUUCAACUGGAGUUCAUCUCAUUCAUACAGGCGAACAGCCGGAUCAGAUGCUUUUGAAUCGUUCGGCUGAACUCGAGACAACACCGACGAAAUAUCAAGAACCUGAUUUGGAGACUCUCAUUCGAUCAGCACAAGCACAACCUGUUUCGAUGGCUGUUCAUGAUCGAGGAUUUAUGGAUGUUUCAGCUGAUAAUGCGCCAUUGAACGCUCCACUCUCACAACCGAACAAAUUGCCAUACAAGAGCUUCUUGAUCUCAUUUGUGGUUGAUGCUCGGGGUGGAGCGAUGCGUGGAUGUCGACACUCGGGUGUUCGCCUCAUCGUUCCACCACGGAAAGCCGGUCAACCGAUUCGUGUCACUUGCCGCUAUCUCAGAAAGGACAAACUCGCUCAUCCACCUCCAUUGAGCGAAGGUGAAGAGCUCGCUUCAAGAAUUUUAGAAAUGGCUCCAGCUGGAGUGAAAUUCUUAGGACCUGUCAUUCUUGAGGUUCCCCAUUUUGCCUCGUUGCGCGAUCGUGAACGAGAGAUUGUGAUUCUUCGAUCAGAUGAUGGACAACAUUGGAAAGAGCAUCAACUAGAAGCAACAGAGGACGCUGUACAAGAAGUGUUGAAUGAAUCAUUUGCUGCUGAAGAGCUGUCAGCGUUGGACGAUCUGAACACACCGAGAAUCACCCGCAUUCUCACCAACGAUUUCCCUAUGUAUUUUGCUGUGGUGACACGCGUUCGUCAAGAGGUGCAUUGUGUGGGUCCUGAGGGUGGAGUGAUCAUGUCAACAGUGGUACCACGUGUACAAGCAAUUUUCCCUGACGGAUCUCUAACGAAAACGAUCAAAGUCUCACUCCAGGCUCAACCAGUCCCACAAGAGAUCGUCACUCGUUUACACGGAAAUCGCGUGGCUGUUUCGCCGAUAGUCACCGUGGAGCCAAGAAGAAGAAAAUUCCAUAAACCGAUCACUCUUUGCAUUCCGUUGCCACAAAGCAAUAAUCGGGGAAUGUUAACGCAAUACUCAAGCCAACCCGGUCAAGAACCGCCAACACUUCGACUCCUCUGCUCGAUCACUGGUGGAAGUGCUCCAGCUCAAUGGGAAGAUAUCACUGGCACCACUCAACUCACUUUCACUGGGGAAGAGGUUUCAUUCACCACCACUGUCUCCGCUCGUUUCUGGUUGAUGGACUGUCAAACGCCGAGAGAUGCCGCUAGAAUGGCCCAAGAGGUCUACAAUGAGGCGAUUGCUAUCCCAUAUAUGGCAAAGUUUGCCGUCUUUGCCCGCAGAACGUUCCCUGUUGAAGGACAGCUAAGAGUUUUCUGUAUGACUGAUGACAAAGAAGACAAAACUCUCGAGAAACAAGAACAUUUCAAAUUAAUCGCCAAGUCGAGAGACGUCGAAGUGUUAAAGGGAAAGCACCACUUCUUAGAGUUCGCCGGGAAUUUGUUGCCGCUAGCGAAAAGUGGCGAGCAAUUGUCCCUGUAUUUCUUACCAUUCCAAGAGAAUCGUUUGGCUUUCAUGGUUAAGACGAGAAACAAAGAUGACGUUGAUGCGUCAACAGAAGGCCGGAUCGCUUUCAUGAAAGAGCCAAAGAUCCGCGCCGAGAACCUGCCUUCACAACAACCCAUCUGCACUCUCGCCAUUUCUCUUCCCGAGUACACCGGCGACGAGCCCGUGACUCAACCCCGUAAACACGAGACGCCAUUCGAUCGGAAAUACCCCAACGCUAUCGAUAAAGAGAUCCCAUCAUGGAUCCAUUCAAACAUCAUGAAACAAGUGGGCAGUGAUUGGCAGAGAUUAGGCCGAGUCCUCGAUAUCCCACAUCGAGACAUUCAACACAUCAAGCAUCAAUAUCCAGGAAAAGAGUUGGCAAACACAUUAAAGAUUUGGCUUCAUCUAAAGAAAUCUGAGGCCAAUCCCGAGAAUCUUGAGCAAGCGUUGAGACAAAUUGGACGCGAUGAUAUUCUUCGUGGGAUCGCGCACGGUGAGCCCGAAGAUUUGUCAACGUACACAAGUGGAGGAAGCCCAGCAAUCAGUCGAUCAUCAGAUAUCUAUCAAAAAGUUGAACCACCAGCAUUUGUUGAAAAGAAAGAACCAAGAGUGCAACAACAAGAAGUUCAUCAUGAAGAGCGUGUCUUUAUACCACCAGUGGCACAAAUUGUUGCACAAGAUGUACCUUUUACAAUGGAAAAGGUUAAGGAAAGAUCAAAGAGUCCGAUUAAGGAACUGGUUGAAGAGCAAGAGAUCCCAGUGUCAGAAGUGAGAACAGUGGUGAGAACGGAGAGACAUGUGCACGACACAGAUGAUGGGCCAGUCGUUGAAGAGAGAACGAUCACGACAACGUAUGAAGAUGAUGUGGCUGUGGCUGAGAAAAGAGAGGACAAGUUGGUGCCACUCACCGACGAGGAAAGACAACGAUGGGAUGAGUUGCACGCUGGUGAGGGAGAGGCUUUCACAGAGAGUGCGGAGGUCUACUCACGAGAAGAACGAAUCGAUGAAGAAGAGGAGCCACAAGAAGAAGAUGAAGAAUUGCAUCACGAUCGAUGGGAAGACCGACAUGGCAGCGAGGGAUCACAAGGCGGAGAGGCAGCCUCUCUCCAAGUUGAUGUUGAUAAGCCACCAUUCAGUCGACAGGACUCUCCAACGAUUCGUCGACGGGAUUCUCCAUCUCUUCCAGCAAUUGUUGAUGAUGUUCAUAAGCCACCAUUCAGUCGACAGGACUCUCCAACGAUUCUCCAACGAUUCGUCGACGAGAUUCUCCAUCUCUUCCAGCAAUUGUUGAUGAUGUUGAUCAGAAAGUUA